AUGUAUCAGACAUUCACAGGAUCCGGGCGGCGUCCGCGACAAGUUAACCUGUCCGGUCGUCCUACGAACCCAUUCGCCAACAGCACAACCGCGCCCGGUGGCAGUGGAGCGCAGCAGGCGGUCGCGUCGGCGCAGCAAGAUCGCAUAGCGCGACAACAGCAGAGAGAUAGGAUACAGGCAUCGUCUCGCAUUCAGAAGGUCUGGCGGGGCCAUCAUACUAGGAGGAAGACGUUCAAGACAUGGCGGCAGGUCUGGGACGAUGUCGAGCACAACGCACAUACAGCAUACCCCACGUCGGAAGCCUCGCUACGCCAGCUACGACGGCUGAUGCUGUUCUUCUCGCCGAAGGCCGAGCCGAGCGAUGUUAAGAGGCUGACUUGGUACGGCACACGGCAAAUCACAACAAGUGAGACAGUGCCUUGCGAUGGCGGACCAUGGCCGAGAGCGUAUGCGAAACUGCAGGCAGCAUGUGUAGCAGCGUUAAGAGCACGGAGUAAGCCGGACGCGGAUACAGACCGAGAGGUGCUUGGGAUACUGGCCUAUGCGGCAAGGCAGACACCGUUCACCGCGAGAGAGGCGAUCGCAUACUACGAAGCGCUGACUUCCACACCACGACUGCCGGCUGAACCACUGCAGGGUGCUCUUCUGGCACCACUAAGCUCUCGAGCGGCGUACAAGGGCUUGGUCAUCUUGCUGGGGCGUCCAUUAGAUCCAGAACUACUUCAACUGCUGAAGACAGCAGCGGAUCCGCAAGUUCUCUCUGAAGCAAUAGCUAGCCUUCGAGAUCGGACCACCAGUACUCGCGAACGAUUAUGGCUGCUCGGCAAUCUGAUUUUCCUAACCGGACAAUCACCAAGCAACAUGGCCUUCACAGCUGCUGUAGGCCGCCUAUUAGGUGGUUUGGCUGACGAUGUCGAUUUUGAGAGCCCUGCAAUCGAUGUCGACAACGCCACAUUCGAUCACGACAUCCUCUCGAACAUGAACACGGGCUUAGUCCUGAAUACGUUUCUCCGUCAGCAGGUGCUGACCCUACUAGACAAACACAAAAUCCAAAACCUGUUGUCAACCACCCAGCCAGCUUCAAAUGGCAUGCAAGUUGGUGGACAUACUGGGGCAGAGAAUGCGCAAAUACUGGCCAGCUAUGCCCUGACCCUGCUAAGAUGCUUCCCUCGCAGAGCUGACGACAUUCGGAUGUGGCUACACCUUGGGCCGACGAACAGCGAUACUGCUUCGCCCACGGGAUACCUCUGGAAUGCUGCUAAGAGCUCAGCCACCUUCAACGACAUUCGAAGUUCGUCGCGCGGCAUUGUAUCUCUACUUCAGACGACGUUCCCAAGCCAACAACAGCGCGACGACUGGACUGUCAUUCUCGUCUUCCUUGAAAUGUUCUCUUUCGACCUCAAAAUCAUGGACGAUGAAGAGUUCAUGGGCAGUAGUCCACACGCUAAGAAGAACAGCGCGGUGCCCGUGGCGGAUGUCGCGUCGCUGGUCACGUUUCUCAAGAAUCUUGGUUUCACGCUGGUGUAUGAUGCAGCGGAGCUGAACAGCACGGCACCAGUGAGGGAUCUGAGUGCCCUCCAGCCACGUCGCUUCACGUCUGCCUCCAGUUCAGCGACAGAUCUCGCAGAUGCCAAACCAAUGACGGUCGCUAGACUGCCGGGGUUAACCACGGAGUACCUCAAGGGAGUCAUAACCGCUCUCCUCCGCGCUCUCUACGAACGUGAUUCUCGGAGACACUUCCUUCCUCGGGACCAUUGGUUGAUGACCGAGCGCUUCGACAUGUCCAACUUCACUCGCGAUGUGGUUGCUGAAGAACAAUCCCGAAAGGAGGUUGAAAGUCUGGACGCAGAAGACAAGGAUGAUGAAUCUGACGAGGAGGACCUGACGCUCUCCAAUGGCCAAUCACUUCGCAGUGGCAGCGGCUAUGCCAGCGUGCUACGGCGACAGGAAGCACGUGAGAGGGCGCAGAAAAAAGCGAGUCGCCAGCGAUACCUCGAAGCGGUCGCGCCAAGGCUGGAGAUCCUGCAAAACAUGCCCUUCUUCAUACCGUUUCAUGUUCGAGUACAAAUCUUUCGAGAAUUCGUAGAGCUUGACCAGCUCAAAAGACGGGACGGCUUUCUGGACCCGGACAUGUGGCGGCAAAGCAUGAUGUUCCAGCCACAAAUGAAUGUUCCUCUUAGGCGCGACGCGCUGGAAAGACAUCAUGCGAAGAUCAAGAGAACGCAAGAGUUUCAGGAUGCCUACGAGCAGUUCUAUGAUCUUGGAGACGCGCUGAAAGAGCCCAUACAGAUUACGUUUGUCGAUAAGUGGGAUAUGCCAGAGGCUGGUAUUGAUGGCGGAGGUGUCACCAAGGAAUUCCUCACGAGUGUCAUCACCCAGGCAUUUGAUCAGCACGCCGACGACGCACACACCCACUUCUUCAUCGAGAACGACCAGCACCUACUGUAUCCUAACCCAACAUCCUUCGAGGACGCACGAAUACGCCUCCAAGAGAUGGGCCUCAAGAAGGAUUCCGCAGAUGCGCGCGAGCACAUGCGCGAACUCCAAAAGCAAUACGAAUUUCUGGGCCGCAUAAUAGGCAAGUGUCUGUAUGAAGGCAUACUCAUCGACGUGAACUUUGCGCCAUUCUUCCUCAAGAAGUGGGCGUUAUCGGGCGGCAGCAAUAGCGCGACAAACGAGUCACACUACCGUCCCACGGUCAACGACCUCCGAGAACUGGACGAGAGCCUCUACAGAGGCUUGCUCGCUGUCAAACACGCGGAGAAUGCAGAAGCAUUCGACCUGACGUUCGUAGUCGACACUGAAGUCGGACCAGAAGGUCGCAAGGAGAUCAUCGAAGUCGACUUGAUGCCUCCAAAUGGCGCUAACACGCUCGUCACUAACGAAAACCGCCUAACAUACAUCAACCGCAUGGCAGCAUACAAAUUACAAGCACAGAGCAAAUACCAAACCAAUGCCUUCCUCCGCGGCCUCGGCGAUAUAAUCCAACCCUCAUGGCUCAGUAUGUUCAAUCAACUCGAGCUCCAAACUCUGAUAGGCGGCAGUGGAGCCGGAAUCGAUGUCCAAGAUCUCAGAAAGAACACACUGUAUGGAGGGACAUACCAGAUCGGCUCUGACGGACAAGAACAUCCCUCUAUCAAGCUCUUCUGGAAGGUCAUGCAGACCAUGCAGGAUGAAGAUAGGAGGAAGGUCCUGAAGUUUGUAACGAGUACGCCGAGGGGCCCGUUGUUGGGCUUCAGUCAUCUGAAUCCGAGGUUCUCAAUAAGGGACAGUGGACAGGAUGAGAAUCGGUUUCCCACGACGAGUACGUGUGUCAAUUUGCUGAAGUUGCCGAUGUAUAAGAGUGAGAAGGUGCUGAGGGAGAAGUUGCUGGCGGCGGUGAAUUCUGGGGCCGGGUUCGACUUGUCGUGA